AUGUAUUAUGUCGCUGGUAGAAGAAUAAAGCCAUUGAGAAUCAUUUUGAUUGUUUUGGGUACGUUCAUUAUCUUGUUGAUCUUGAAGAGAUUGAAAAACACUAAUAAUGAUUCGUAUCUGCCAGUCGAUCUGAUUGAUUUCGGUGAUCACCAUGAUACAAUUGAAAAGAUAUUGGCAAACAAGAAGGUAUUGCUCAACAAGGAUAAAGGUAAAGACGAUGUUGUUAAUCUUGAUCUUUCAUACGAAGACGAUCCUAUUACUCCUGAGUUUUUGAAGAAAUUGGAUAAGAAGGUUGGCAGGUCAUGCCCAGAUUACUUGGAAUAUUCCAAAAAGAGACAUGCCCCAUUUUCGAAGGGUCCAUUCCAGUAUCCGUUCAUGAGACCGGCUCCUAAAUGUAGAACAUUCUCUUCACCUGCAGUGGAAAGAGUGAUUGUAGACUUAAAGUCCAAAGUAAAGUCAAUUGACUUGGCAAGAUUGGUUGAGAACUGCCUUCCAAACACAUUAGACACUACCAUUCUUUGGAAAAAGUUAAACAGUGAAAAAGACCCUUAUGAGGCAUUUGUAAUUACCGGAGAUAUUCAUGCCGAAUGGCUUAGAGAUGCUGCUAGGCAAUUGUCUGUGUACCAGCCAUUUAUCAAGCAUGACCCUGAGUUGCAGAAGCUCUUCCUUGGAGCCAUCAAUACUCAAGCUUUAUACAUAAACAUCUCGCCUUAUUGUAAUGCAUUCCACCCACCUCCAGGAUCUGGCGUUAAGCAUGGUGAUACUGCCGUAGACCAAGUGUUCCCUAGACCGGACUGGAGAGUUGUAUUUGAAUGUAAAUGGGAGUUGGACUCGCUUGCAUCGUUCUUAACCUUGACCAAUGAAUAUUACAUAAACUCCGGAGGAGAUCUUUCAUUUCUCAACGAACGUUGGAUUAAUGCAUUCGAGAAGAUCUUGAUUGUUUUACGUAGAGAAUCCCAACCUUCAUUUGACCAAAAGAGUGGGAAAGCAAAUCGUUUCUACUAUUCAUUCCAGAGACAAACAAACAUUGGACUGGAAACUUUAGCUCUUGGUGGAGUAGGUAACCCAGUUAACUUUGGAACUGGCUUAAUCAGAUCUGCGUUCAGACCUAGUGAUGAUGCAACAAUCUUGCAAUUUUUCAUACCAGCAAACGCUCAAAUGGUGACAGAAUUGAAAAGGUUGCGUAAGAAUUUCUUUAAUAAGGAGAAAUUGAAGAUUUCAGAGGAGGAUUCGAAGAAGUUGGCAAGCUUAGAAAACUUGUUUGAUAUUUCUGAUGAAUUUAUAGAAGGAAUCGAGCGUGGUAUUGCCGAUUAUGGGAUUGUAGACCACCCCAAAUGGGGGAAGGUCUACGCUUAUGAGGUGGAUGGAUAUGGGGGCACGGUGCUGAUGGAUGAUGCUAACAUCCCAUCUUUGCUUUCCCUUCCAGACAUGGGCUAUGUUAAGGAUUUCAAGAAUGAUGAAGUUUAUCAAAAUACCAGGAAAAUGAUCUUAUCCAAGGAUGGUAACCCAUACUUUCUUAAGGGGAAAUAUUUCGAAGGUAUUGGUGGUCCACAUAUAGGUAUUUUGAAUGCUUGGCCAAUGUCUUUGUUAAUGAGAAUGAGAACUACAGACGAUGAUCAAGAGAUCUUGGACUGUUUGAGCUACAUCAUGGAUACAACUGCACAUAUGGGACUUAUGCACGAAAGUGUCAAUGUAAACUCUGCUGAUGGGAUUGACUUCACUCGUCCUUGGUUUGCCUGGUGCAACUCUGAAUUUGGCAAAACCAUAUUACACUUGGCAAAACAUAAACCACACUUAAUCUUCAAAGAAGAGUUUGCGGACACUCCCUACGACAUAGACAAGCUUUUAAGUUAG